UCGAGCAUGCAGUUGCUCCUCUAAACGGUUCCAGGCUAUAGGGAGGAAGCCAAUUCAGAUCAAUGAGCAAAUACUUUUAUACGCAUGAUAGAACCCAAUCUAGUAUUUAGGAAGACGCAGAGAGCUCCCAACUGCAUUCUUGUCAUUUAUUACUGAAAAAGCCUAAGCAUCUCCCGUUGAAUGAGAACAUUGUUUACGCGGAAUUACAGUCUCUGAGCAGGCCACAUCGCCAUUGCUUCCAAAGGCUUUUGACAAGCUUUUCUAUCUGUUACAACCAGCAAAGCUUUUUCUAGCUCUGAGGUGUGUGUGCUUUUUUUUAUUUUUCCGAUGCAUUUUGUCAUGGAUUAUGAAGAGCAUAGUCGAUAGCUGGAAGUUGGCCCAUUCAAAUUUCUUCACCAGUUGAUGCUUGUCUAGAUUGUCCUGGUGUUUGUCUCCAGGUUACCACACCCUUAGGAGCUGUUCAGGUGUCGAGGAUGAGGAAGAAGGCUCGGCACCACAGGGUCCCCGUGCCCCAGCGGCCACCCUCCCCAAUCCGGCCGUCCCCCAACAAACAGACUCUGACCUAUGCCCAGGCCCAGCGCAUGGUGGACAUGGAGAUUGACGGCCGGGUGCACCGGAUCAGCAUCUACGACAAGCUGGAUGUGAUCUCGGAUGAUGACCCUAUGGCGCAGGAGAUUAUGGAGUGCACCAGCAACAAGGAGAACAUGGAGAAGCCUCAGCAAACACUGAUGCGCUCCGUCCGGUUAAAAAACAGCCAGGAGAAGAGGAGUGCAGCUGCGGUCGCACAGAACCACACAACACAUGGAGCUACAGCAGCACAGGCAGCACCAGCACAGACACUUCCAGAGGCCAAGCUCCGGACUGUGGAGUAUAACCUUCCAGCUGUCCCCAGGAGACCCCCAGUGUAUUAUAAGUAUGUGGAGAAGACGUCAGAGGAGCUGGAUGAGGAGGUGGAGUAUGAUAUGGAUGAGGAGGACUACGCCUGGCUGGAAGUAGUUAACAAUAAGAGGAGGAGUGAGGGCGUCAGUCAGGUGUCCCACAAUGUGUUUGAGUUCCUGGUGGACCGCUUUGAGAAGGAGACCCAGAUGGAGAAGGAGGGCCAGGACAAGCUGACCAUAGACGAGGACGCUGUCUGCUGCAUCUGCAUGGAUGGAGAUGGCCAGGAUAGCAACGUCAUCCUCUUCUGUGACAUGUGCAACCUGGCCGUGCACCAAGAGUGUUACGGUGUCCCUUACAUCCCAGAGGGACAGUGGCUGUGCCGGCACUGCCUCCAGUUGCCCACCCAGCCCGCAGGCUGCAUACUGUGUCCUAAUAAAGGRGGAGCAGUGAAAAAGACUGACGAUGACCGCUGGGGUCAUGUGGUGUGCGCCCUGUGGGUGCCGGAGGUAGGGUUUUCCAACACGGUCUUCAUCGAGCCCAUCGACGGAGUCAGCAACAUUCCGUCCGCCCGCUGGAAGCUCACCUGCUACCUCUGUAAGGAGAAGGGGGUGGGGGCCUGUAUCCAGUGUCACAAGGGUAACUGCUACACCGCCUUCCACGUCAGCUGUGCUCAGAAAGCCGGACUCUUUAUGAAGAUGGAACCUAUCAAGGAGGUUACGGAGACCGGCGAACCAACAUUUUCGGUGAAGAAGACUGCUUACUGCGGGUCUCACACCCCCAACAGCUCGGUCAAGAGACCCCUCACCAUCUACGAGGACACCAAACCCCAAAAUGGAUUGUGUUCCCCUCUGAAAGGGGAGAAGUCGAGGGGCGCCAAUGCACUGAUGAAAGGCAGGAAGAUGAAGAGCAAGAAGGUGGAGACAGAAAAAGAGGUCCCACCCGUGGCUGUGCCUAGCUUUCCUCCCCAAAGGUUAAACACCAUCCUCAACCGGGUGUCUAUGCAGAAGAAGAAGGCGUUUGUGGAGCUGGCUCUAAACUACUGGACUCUAAAGAGACAGGCGAGGAACGGCGUACCCCUCAUCAGACGACUACAGUCCAGCCAACAGUCCCACCAGAAGACCCAUGCUGCACAGCCGAAGGAGAGUGAGGAGGAGAGCCGGGCUCUGAAGGAGCAGCUCAAGGAGUGGCAUCGUCUAAGACUUGACCUGGAGAGAGCCAGGCUAUUGCUGGAGCUCAUACGCAAGAGGGAGAAACUCAAGAGAGAAGAGAUGAAGCUGCAGCAGAGCCUGUUGGCGGUCCAGCUGACUCCCUUCAGUAUCCUGCUCAGGUCUGUGCUGGAACAGCUACAGGAGAGAGACCAGUCCAAUAUCUUUGCCCAUCCUGUCGACAUCAAAGAGGUGCCUGACUACCUUGACCACAUCAGGAACCCCAUGGACUUUGCCACUAUGAGGAAACGCAUUGACGACCAGGCCUACAGCAACCUGAAUGACUUUGAGUCCGACUUCAACCUCAUCAUCUUCAACUGCAUGAAGUACAACUGUAAGGAUACCUUCUUCCACCGGGCGGCCGCCCGUCUCCGAGACCAGGGUGGGGCUUUGAUCAGGAAGACGCAUAGGGAUGUGGAACGAAUCGGCUUCGAGAAGGACGGUGGGAUGCACCUUUCCGAACCGCCCAAGAAUGAAGCGCCUACGCGGUUUUCCUGGGAGGAUGUGGACCAGUUAUUGGUCCCAGCCAACCGGCAGCACAUGCCUCUGGAGGAGCAGCUGAAAGUGCUGCUGGAAAAACUGGACAUGACGUACUCCAUGAAGUCUAGUCCGUCGCGCUCCAAACGCCUCAAGCUGCUCAAGAAGACCAUCAACAACGUGCGCAGUGAGAUGAGCCUCAGCCUUAGGAGGGCCUCCCACCACUCACAUUCGUACUUCUCUUCCUCCCACUGGUCAUCCCAUCCAGAAAGGAGUAAAGCUGGGGAGGCAGAAGGGGUAAAGACCAAUGGACAGAGCCCUGAUAACGAGGGGGACAAAUCAUUACCUCCCAAAUUGGAACCCUCUGACUCCCUUCCUACUUUCCUGCACUUCGAGAGUAACUCAGAACCUCCUACCCUUAAACCCAUCCACCCCAACCCCACUCCGGACAGCAAGACCCACGGACAGGUCAAAUUUGACCGGGAGAAACCCAACAACACAUUCUCAACCACUACCAAGACCCUUCUCAAUGGCCACUCUGAGCCCCAGAACCCCCUGCUUCUCUUAGAGGGGGGCGUGAGUGUGGUGGCCACCUCCACCCUGGCCCAACCCUCGGGGACGACUGUCAGCCGCCGCACUGCCGUGCUCUUCAGAAAGUCCAAGACCUCUAGCCCUGGGAAGAACCAGGGGGGGGGAGGAGGAGGCAAGGCCCAGACAGGGUGCCCUCAGCUGGGCACCAAGACCUUCCUGUCGGUGAUGAUCCCCAGGAUGGAGACCCUCCUCCACCCCAGGACCAGGAAGAGGAGCCACAGUCCCAGCGUGGGGAUCAGCGAGGGGGGUGGAGACGGGGAGGACGAGUCCCCUGUCAAACACAUUGACACAGGCCUGUCUAAUGGUUUUGUGAUGGAGGAGGUUAUUGAUGAAGAGAAGGAGCUAAGUGCCAGCAGGCCUCUAGAAACCAGGAGACGGUGUGCCUCUGAGUCCAGCAUCUCAACUAGUGGUAGUCUGCUGGGCAGCACCAGCAGCACCCUCAGUCUUCCAACAUGUGGUAAGGGCAAACCGGCCCUGGUCCGAAGAAGCACUGUGGAUGAUAAGAACGAGCUCAUUGCCUGUAUAGAAACCGGGAACUUUGCCAGAGCUGCUAGGAUUGCUGCCGAGGUUGGCAAUAACAAUAUUUGGAUGCCUGCUAGUGCUGCAACAGUUGUUCUGGAACCUCUAAAGCUAGUUUGGGCAAAAUGUAGAGGAUACCCGUCCUAUCCUGCCUUGAUCGUUGAUCCCCACAUGCCCCGGAUGGCAUGCCAGCACAACGGGGUGUCUAUCCCUAUGCCUCCCCUCGACGUCCUCCGGGUCGGAGAACGGAUGCAGUACAAGAACGAAGAAAAACUCUUCCUCGUCCUAUUCUUCGACAACAAACGCAGCUGGCAAUGGCUUCCUAAGUCUAAGAUGGUCCCUCUGGGGAUCGACAAGACCAUCGACAAGAUCAAGAUGAUGGAGGGCAGAACAUCCAGCAUCCGUAAGGCUGUUCAGACUGCCUUCAAACGUGCCAUGAACCAUCUUAGCAUCGUCCAGGACGAACCUGUCAGCGACAUGAGCGACGUGGACUAACACACACACAGACAAACACACCCAACCCUUGAAUUACUGCUCAUGGUCUUGUCCCGGACCUGAGCCUGGCCUACACUUCUUCCUUAUCCUCUUUGUCAGUCUUUCCAAAGGUCUAUGCUGGCUGUGUUUACCAGGUGCCUGGCUACCCCCCUGGCUUGGUAUGGUGCCUCCUUUCCAAAACAGCCCUCGCCCGCUGGUCUGACGACUGCUGCUUUAAAGAAUGUGCCCCAGUUCCCCUCCUAUCUACUUUUCUCCAUGGUCGUGUUCAUGAUGCACCAAAUGGAAGAAAACAACUCACUCAUCUCGCCUUAUCAGUGGUGGAAAAAGUACCCAACUAUCAAUCUUGAGGAAAAGUAAAGACAAUAGAAAAUUACUCAAGUCACCCAGUAAAAUUCUACCUGAGUAAAAGUAUUUGGUUUAAAAUAUACUUAAGUAUCAAAUUCCUUAUAUUAAGCAAACCAAAUGGCACCAUCUUUUUUAACGGAAAAGGGCACACUCCAACAUUCAGACAUAAUUUACAAAUGAAGCAUGUGUGUUUAGAGAGUCCCCCAGAUCAGAGGCAGU